CACAAGCAUAGAUUCUCGCGAGCUUCUCUAUCUAGCAAGCACCUGCUUCUGCUUCUCUCAAAAGCCCUAGAAGAAGAUGGUUUCGAGCUUCUCGGAAAAGCCGCUCAGAAGAAGAUCAGUGUGGCUGGCCAAGGAGGAGGGGGAGGAGGAGGAGGAAGAGGAGACGAAGGUGUCGUCGACGUCCAACGACAACCACAACCCGUCGUUCCGGGUGUACUACGCCGUCACCGCCGGAUCCGUGCCCUUCGUUUGGGAGUCGGAGCCCGGCACUCCGAAGAAACCCGCUGCCGACGACUUCAACCGCCAGCUUCUAACACUCCCCCCUCUCACUCCUCCCCCCUCCUACUACUCCGCCAACACGAAGAAGAGCGUCGAGAAGAGCCACAAGAAGUUCAGCCUCAUCAAAGCCGUGCUCCCGAAGCUGCUCGGCCGAAAGAAGCCGACCGCAGGGCCGAACCGGCGGUUCGCGAGCCCGGGAUCAUCGUUUUCGGGCUCUUCGCGCGGCGUCGACGAUGAUGCGGAGUACUCUGGCUGUGUCGACGGGUCGCCGACCUCGACGCCGUGCGCGUGGUAUGUGGCCACGCCCGGGCGCUGGUGGGGUUAAUUAAGGAGAGCAAAUUAAAUAUGUCGCUGCAUCGGUAUAAUAAUCAAGAUUAAGGUAGUAUAUUUAGUUAAUUACUUUAUUAGAGAGGGUGCAGUGUGUGUAAAAUUUGUGGUAUUGUGCCUUGUAUACCAAAUAAGAAAAGAAAUGAAGUGUUGACUUGUGUGCAA